GAGGGCGGGAUCGGUGGAGGGGAGAGGUGACCGAAGGGGAACAAAAGAGCGGACGAAGUUGUGAUUAACCAGCCUGGGGCCGCUUCUCUAGGAGGGAAAGCUAAAAAGGAAACGUGCAUGCUUCUGAACAGCUUGAAUCAAAAAAUAGAUGCCCCAAAUGAGGAAGUCUGCCACAGAUGCAUGAAUUGUGAUACCGUUGUUUGGAAGUGAAAGACAACAAGAUUUCACCUUUUAGAGCAUGGAUUCGAAAUCCACUGUGGUUGUAACUGGUUUUGGUCCCUUUAGACAACACCUGGUUAAUUCUAGCUGGGAAGCAGUGAAGGAGCUGUCCAAGAGAGGCCUUGGUAAAACCAUAGAUCUCCGUAUCAUGCAACUGCCAGUGGUUUACCAAAAAGCAAAGGAGCAAGUCUUCAAGAUAUGGACAACUUUUCAGCCACUACUUACUGUUCAUGUUGGGCUGGCUUCAUCCACCAAAGCAAUCAUCAUCCUUGAGCAGUGUGGGAAGAACAAAGGCUACAAAGAGAUGGAUGCUUGUGGUUUUCACCCAGAAGGUGGCUGUUGCAUGCUAGAUGGUCCGGAAAAGAUUGAAUCUACAAUUAAUAUGAAGACUCUCUGGAAAAACAUUGCAGUGGAAGGGAUUGAUAUAAUCUUUUCCAGAGAUGCGGGAAGGUAUAUCUGUGAUUACACCUAUUACGCUUCUCUGUAUUACGGUAAUGGAAGAGCAGCUUUCAUCCAUGUGCCUCCAUUAUCCAAAUCGUUUUCUUGCAGAAAACUGAUAACCCCAUGCUGGAUGCGUGAAUGCCUCAUCUGUGGAUUGCUGUAGAGGCAGUCGUAUCCUUCAAACCACCUGGCAACCAUAAAGCAGGUACUGAACAGCACAAGUGAGACUGCGUAGCAGCAAAACCCGUUCUGUUUCCCCAACCAGUGAGGUUCGUGUAGUCCAUUAAGUUAACUGCACUAGACAGUAAAGUGAAAUGACCAGUUUAGAUGAUCCCACCCCAACCAGAGGGCUCUGGAAGACCAGGAUACUGAAGAUACAGAACAUUUCCCCAACUUCUUUAUUCGUUCGCUAUAUACUGGGACACAAAGCUUGGGUGGGUAAGGGGAGGGGGAUGAGCCAUGAAUUGGACAAGUUAGCAAUCCUUUUUGGCAUAUUGUAAAGCUAGCUAGUAAACUGGUACCAUCAAAAAAAAAACAACUGAUCACAUACAGACACACCCACACAGACACAGAAAAGUGCCCUUAAAUUAUAUUUUAGGCAUUAAUAAACUACAAACAUUUUAUAAAAUUAUUCUAUGUACUUACAAAACGCAAUGAAACAUUUAAUUAGUUCUUGUAAACCAGAUCUUCGUCAACUGACUACCCGUAAUCUACUGGACUUAAAGCCCUAUUGAAAAUGCUAAUGGAUUACUAAUCAACGUAACGCAUACAAAAGAAGAUGGAUGCACACACGCACGCACGCACACAACCUAGUGAUAGUCUUAAGGUACUUGCAAAACAGACCAAGUGUAGGUUGAGACUGAUUCAUACAGAUCGAUAUAAUAAAAACCGUCAAACUCCCGUUAAUGAGCUUACUACUUCAGCUGGAAAGCCAAAAGGUUUAUUUACAAGUACCAAUGAUCAGAAUCUGAGCUCUGCUGCUGUCCCACACACCAAGCUCAGGAAACAACUUCAAACUUCUGCCAAGCCCUGUGUCUUUGUAAAUAUCCAUUUCCAUAUCCUUUGUUUUCAUACGUCUCCAAACAAAUACUUCUCAAUUCUGAUUUACCUGGCUGCACUCAAUAUCGGAGGCUGCUUUUUGCCUCUGAGCAACCAGUUCUCUGAACUGAGGCAUCCUUUGAAGCCCUCCUGCCUCUCUGCAGUUCUGUAUCUUCAGCACCCCUGGCCACUGUGUUUUUUCUACACGUCAUUCUUAAAGUCUCGUCUGCACAACUACUCAUGGGUUAAGUUGCAAUAUCUGGCUUUUAUCACUGGUUAGUAAGGAGUGGAUCCCUUGCACCUUCCUCCACUGUUGUUUAGCCCAGUGAUUAAACACGCUGUUGACAAAAUAAGAACAACAGGAAACAAGUGUUACUUGUACUAAUGGAAUGAACAGGGUUUAAAUAUAUAUAUCUAUAUUAUAGAUAUACAUAGGCCGAUAUCUAUUUGCAUAUAUAGAUAUAUAUGUAUGGAGUUAUACCAACAACAGGAGUGUCGUUCACUUAGACUCAGAUUGUACUGAACACCCCUCGGCAGUUCCCAGAGGACCUGCGAGCAGUUCCGUCUGGUGACCAGUCGUCCUGGGCAAACCGGGCUUCACUUGUUUCUAAAGACCAACAGGAGCAUCAGUGCGAGCAUCCCUGGAAUCAUACAUCACUUAGAACCAGCUUUACAGAGCAGAGGCACUGUGCUGAGAAAGACUUGGCAAACACAGGCUGGCCUCAAACUUCCCAUCACACUUGGCUUCUGCAUCUACUUUAUCGCUCCCCUGAAAGCGCAUCUCAGUACCGAAGCUGACACUUCUGUGUUUACAUAGGAGCCACCUUCCUUUGCAACCAAACCACCUUCUGUGCCACUGCGAAGCUUUGCAAUGCCAGUCAGGUGAGAACAACAGCCCGAGUGCUAAAUCAAAGCCUCCCCCGUAGCAUGACCAUUUGUUAGCCUACUGCAAUUAGAACAUCUUGGUACCAUUUGUCAAAAUGCUGGUUUUCGGGGCUGGGUGGGCUUUUGCUUUUAAUUUAUAAACAAAUUGGAUUACUUUGACUUUAUUCAAACAUAGCUCAAGUUCUAAAUAAAUUUUCCAUACCAGACAAGCCAGUGGUCUCAGGGAAGAACAACAUUACAAACCAUAUUAUGACUCUAUCAAGCCAACAUUAAUUCUCAGUUGUUCACAUGCAUAAACAACUUGAUUUACUGUCCAAGGGAAGUCUGCAUGAAAAACCCAUGUGAAUAAAGCUAUUCAAAAUGCACAAAACACAACAAAAAAAGCUAUGGAAACAAACAGAACAAAAAAGUAAUUAAGCUUGAAUUGCAAACACAGAACACAAUGGUAUCAUGAAGGUGGUUUGGUCCAGGAGAGCUGACUGUCAUCACACAUGCGUACUUUUAGUCCCAUGACUGUCUUCUAUUGAAGUGCUUUUUGAAAUGUUUCUCAUGAUGGGUGCUACGUCAUUAGUGUUUCUUCCUAAUGCAUUUUUAAACCACCUACAUAAAAUUAUAAAAACCAGUAACUUGGACAGUUUUAACAAAACCCUCCUAGCCAGCUGAAAGAUCUGAGGAUCUCCAGUUGUGGUAAUCAAUAUGUGCAAGAGAGGGGAACAGUCACUACACCAAAAGGUCACAAGAAGCUCAAAAACGGGGGAAAACAAAAACAGCAUAGUAAAAACUUUAAUUUUUUUUUUCAGGGUUUGAGAAAUGCUCCCUCCAAAGACAAACCCUGUAGUACUUAACCACAGGACUGUAUACUCAAGAGGCCGUGUACAACUCCAAGUAGCCAAGCACCACAUUAUUCAGAUACCACAACCAACACCUGCACGAACAGCUGCCAGAGCUGGAAAAAGAGAAACAUUAUACAUCAUGUUGAUGGCAAGCUCGUGUUAGUCCUGUGUGCCUGUAAACCAGUUACACGCUGUCAGAGGGCAGUUAAAAUUUGAUGGCUGGUCCAUCAGAAUCCACAGUUACGAAGCAUAAAAUGGGGGAUGAAAAGGGAACUGAAGUUUUACUGGCACAUUAAAAAAAAAUAAAAUCAAUUCAAUGUUAGUUUUGAAGAAAAAAAGAAAAAAAAAAUCAGUGCUUUCAUUAAACAGAAGCAGCAAAGAUCCAAAGCUGUAAACUUGAUGUAGUAAUA